ACAGCUCCUCUGCUGCUGGUGUGAGGGCGCAGGGACAGUCCCACAGGGCACAGGGACAGUCCCACAGGGCGCAGGGACCAGAGGAAUCUCUCCUGAGCUGCUGCUCCAUGUAGUGCACGAUGCCUUCCCGCUACCUCAGCUUCCGCUGCAGCGUGCCCUGGCUGAUCCUUCUGCUGCAGGCUCUGCUUCUCCUCCGCUCCUUCUUUGGCUUCCCAGGUGUCAGUGACACCUACUCCUUAUCCAACUCCUACCCAGAAUUCCAAGAUGUCAACCACAUGGUGAUUUUUGGAUUUGGCUUCUUCCUGAUGGUUCUGAGAAGAUAUGGCUUUAGCAGCACCGGGUUCAACUUCCUGCUUGUUGUUCUUGGUGUCCAGUGCUCUGUGCUGGCAGAAGAUUUAUUAGUUUUCUUUAGGGGAGAGCAAAAUGAACUUGGUUUGGAAAGUCUAGCGAGGGCUUUUGUGAGUGUGACUGCUGUGGUCAUCUCCACUGGGGCUGUGCUGGGCAGGGCCAAUCCUGUGCAGUUAAUUGUGAUGACCCUGGUGGAAUUAACCUUCUUCUCCGUGAGCAGAUACAUCAACGAGACAUUCCUGGAGGUCCCAGAGCACCUCACUGGGCUGCACGUGUACCUCUUUGGAGCCUACUUUGGCCUGGCACUGGCCUCCUGCUUCCCUGAGCCUCCCCCAGGGCUGGACAAGAACAGGAGCACCCCGAAGUCAGAGCUGUUCUCAGUGCUGGGCACGGUGUUUGUCUGGGUGUUCUGGCCGAGCUUCAAUUCUAUCCUGCCUUCCUUCAAGAUGCAAGCAGUGCUCAACACUUACUUGGCCCUCGCAGUGAGUGCUGUGGCUGCCUUCAUGUUGUCUGCUCUGACCUCCAAGGAUGGCAAAUUCAGAAUGGCUCAGAUCCGCAGUGCAGUGCUGGCUGGAGGGGUCACUGUCAGCUACACCGCCGAGCGCAUCCACCAGCCCUGGAUUGCCAUGCUGCUGGGGCUGCUGGCCAGUGCCACUGCCAUCCUGGGGUCCCACUGUGUCCAGAGGUGCUUUAAUCCUGCCUUGAAGCUUCAGGAUACUUCUGGAGUUCAUUUCACUUUUGGUUUGCCUGCUGUGCUUGGAGCUGUGGCCGCUGUUGUUCUCAGAGUUGUGGAAGAUGGGAUUGACACACGAUGGAAUGAAUUAUCCAGACUGGGUUAUGAUGCCUUUGUUUAUAUUGGUGCCUUCUGCCAGACCAUCUGCACUGCCUUGAUAACAGGACUGAUUACAGGUUUGAUCCUAAACAUCAAACUGCUGAAAGCUGUGCAUGUCUCCAAGUACUUUGAUGACCAGUUUUACUGGGAGUUUCCCCACUUGUCUGUUGGAUUUUGAGUGGAGGAUCCCAGCUGACAGACAGGACCAAGAUAAGAUUUUCCUCUUUAUCACCAGAAAAACUGAACAGCUGUGAUGGGUUCAAAGAGCACUGAAAUACCAAUUCUCAGGCCCACAGAAACCACCCCAAUGGACACUCAAAAAUGCAACUGUUCCAGUUAUUCUUGAAAGAUACAGAGUGUGAAUUCACAGAUGCAAACUUCAGGUGCAUUCAGCUUUUCUGCUUUGUUGGCCUUACCUUAAAACAUUUUUGUAAGAUAUGCAUUCAUGGCUUCUCAAUCCAAUUGCUUGGAACCAUUAAACUAUUUUUAACUCCCGAGUUUACCAGGCAGAAUGAUGGAUUUGGAAGUGUCAUUUCUCAAGGAGCACUUCUUACCUAGCAAAGCACUCAAGUCUUUGAGCUGAAUUGAUUCUGCUGAAGGCCUUGACAAGCCAGGAUUGGAUGAGUGAGCUGGAGCAGGGCCAGAACUCCUGGAAGAACCUGGAUAGUGGGAGGUUCUGCUGGCCAAAUUCAGCUGUGGGUGGUGUUCCUGAAAGCCCUGGGUGUAAAACACAGGCAGAGCUCAGAGCAGCUCGGGGGGACAGCACAGGGCAGGGGUCUCAGUGCUGCCAGCACUGGAGAGCAGGACUGUGGGGACAGGGCAUCCUCUGCCAGCCAACCCUGCUUUGAAGUGCACUGGUGAUUUAAGUGGAUCCUCAGUGGUUCUUUCUCUCAGAAAUAGCUGGUGUAGAAGAUCUUUGAGCAGUGCUUACCUAAUAAAGAGUGAAAAUGAA